AUGAUUCGAUUCAUAAUUGUCGGUUUCCUACCAUAUUUAUAUGGUGAGAUUGUGAGAAUUCCUCUCCACCCUUUGAAAAGAUCUGAUUCAUUGGUGGGACUUGGUGCGACUUACUUUAAGCCUUCGACGAGAAAAUGGAAGUAUGAAUGGAAUAAGCAGAAUACAUCUACACCGGAACAAUUGAUUAAUUAUGAAAACCUUCAGUAUUAUGGUGAGAUAUCAGUGGGAACUCCACCUCAAAAGUUACGAGUAUUGUUUGAUACAGGAUCCACUGACACAUGGCUCGCUUCAAGGAAGUGUUGGUUUCUUGAUAUAUUUUGUUGGAUGUUUUCAUUUUACGACAGCUCAAAAUCAUCCACUUACAGACCAAACGGUUCCAUUUAUAAUGUCCAUUAUUUAGACAGUGAUUACUCUGGAUUUUGGAGUGUGGACACUAUACGAAUAAACUCGUUGGAGAUUCGGAAUCAAGCGUUUGCUGAAGUGAGGAGUAUAUUUAAUCUGGAUUACUUAUCUGAUAAAUAUGAUGGAAUAAUUGGCAUGUCGACUAGACGGAUGUCGAAAUAUGGGAAUAUCCCAGUAUUCCCAAAUUUACUUCAGACUUUCCCGAAUAUGGACCCAAUAUUUUCAUUUUAUUUAAGUCAGGAAAAUGGGACUUCGUUCGGUGGUGAAAUGGUACUUGGUGGUGUUAAUCCUGAAUAUUUUGAGGGAGAUUUCGAAUAUAUGCCGAUCGUAAACAACAAUAUAUGGGCAGUUCGAAUGUCAAGGUAG